AUGAAUGAAGAACUAAUCAAGCAUGUGGAGAGAGACCCUUUCCAUGAUUUUACUUCAGAGUGUGCAAAGGAGCAUCUAUACAACUUUGAGCAACUUUGCAACUACUAUGGUCUUGGAGACAACCCCAAGAAGAUACAAUUGUUCCAACUAUCACUAGCUGGACGAGCUCAAGAAUGGGUGAAGUUCAAUGCCCAACACGCCUUCAGAACUUGGAAUAGGUACAAGGAAGCUUUCCUUUACAGAUUUGCAAGAGGUCCUAUCUAUGUUCCACCACCCGCCCCAGCUACUCACAACACCAUCCAUCAUCACCAAACAUAG